CGCAUUGCCCACCACAAGCAACCCGCGAUACGCACCCCAGCCCAAUCCUGAACGCCUGACCUCUUCAUUAAUUCUGUUGAUCCGGGGUUCGCCGCCUCGCCGAUUACCCGAGCAAAAUUAUGAUGGAACAACUGUGUCCCGCGCUCGUUAUAGCUGACAACAGCUCCCCACACGCGAGGCAGAGCUCUCAGAUCUACAUAGCUGAAGCACAGGUUCCAGAUAUCACACCCCUGCCUUGCACGAAGUCUGCGCCUGGUGUGAUAUAGAUUGGGAAUGGUGCGGGCUUGCUUCGACCCCGAACAGCCAACACGCAUGAUAUGCACGAGAAGAUGAGUUUCCAAGACAUAUAGACAAAGGUCCGUCGCUGUUAGAUACCAGACAGACGACGAGGCUAGGUACAUCGUCCAUCCUCCGCGCUGGGCACAAAGGCAUGAAGGGUGCUCACCUCGGAUAAUGAGUUAUUCCGACUUGGCUCGUUCACCAUCGGUUGUCUGUACCUGCGUCCGCUUCACAAACACAAUGCUCAUUCUCAUCGAGGACACGGAGAAUCCCGUGAAGCCGUAGGCGAGUGGGGUAACAGGCGAUAGCGAGCACGCAUCAUCCACCCACUCACUUUGUUAUAUACCAUCACCACUUCUUUUCUCAGCUUCUCCUACCAAAAAGACCACUCUUCUCAGCUUCUCUGCCCCAGUCUCAAGCCAUCGGCAAUCACCCAAUCCACUCAGCAUGUCAAUCCAACUGAUUAACCCGCCCGACGUGCCCCCUCCGCGCCCGACAUAUUCCCACGUCCAAUGCACACCCAUCUCUGCCACGAGCACGCUGGUAACAAUAGCCGGCCAGAUCGGGGUUGACCCGGCGACCGGGACCACGCCCGAGUCCUUCAUCGCGCAGGUCGAGAUCGCGCUGGCCAACCUGGGCAGGUGUCUGGCCGCGGUCGGGGCGACGCCCGCCAAUAUCGUCAAGAUGACCCAGUUCGUGGUCAACCUGGAUCCCACCGACACGUCGCGGUCCGAGGCUUAUACCAAGUUCAUGGCCGGUCAUCGUCCGCCAAGUACGCUGGUGGGCGUCGCGGCACUGGCUGCCCCGAAUUGGUUGUAUGAGGUCGAGGCUAUGGCUAUUGUACAGAAGUGAUUGGCAAAAUUAAAAUCAGGUCAUGGAGAUAGAUGUUGAGGGUCGUUCGAGGAAGAACCGAGUUGUGGCCGUCCUCGUCCUGCUGCCGCCAACGGUACCAGCAGCAUCAUUCCCGCGUUGGAAGCGCAAUCUUCUUGCAGGUCCAUCAAUGUCCAGAGUCCUCG